UAUGGAAGGAAUUCAGGGCGACCUCUUCGAACGAGGUAUUUGCACGGAGCAUGCGGCCAAAUUGAUAAUUGAAGAACGUUGUUUACCCUUAUUAAAUUCUAGGCAACGAGCUUUAGAGAACGAGUUGGAAGUGCUCGAUAAAAAGUCAGAAGCCGAACAUAAAAGCGCCUUAACGGCUAUAAAGUCGCUGUUUAAAUUUACCCAAGGAGCAUCGCACGUCUGGGACGUUCAUGAUGUUGCUUUAACAAAACAGGAAAGGCGUUUGCAGGAGAAAUUAGAAGAAUCUAGAAAAUCUCACGAUACGACGAAUCAAGAUGCAGAAGCUAAUUUAGAUAUUGUCAUGGAUAAAAUGAGACAAGCUCCGAAUGAGGUUAACCUGAAAUCCCAUUUGAAAAUUGCUUUAGAUAGCUUGGCCAAGAUCAAAGAUAGUUAUGAAAAAUUUCAUAACGAACAGUUAAACGUUGUAAAUGUCUACCCGAAAAUGAUUAAAUCUGAGUUGGAAAACUAUGAAGAAGCUUUAUGUAAAUAUUUUGGAGUAAGUACGAACGAACCGGAAGCAGAUUGUGAGGUCAUUGAACUGGAUGACGGCCGAAGAUUUUAUGCUCAUAAGGCUAAAAAGGAGAAAAGAAUAAAGGGGAUAAAAAAAGAAGACAUGGUGAAAGAAGAAGAGAGUCAGUUAAGGGAAUUUGAGAUAUCUGACGAGCUAAUACAGAGUGUUAAGAAAGCAAUUCGUCUGAAUUUCCUAUCGCACGUUGGCGGCUGGGCGUCGGAGGCGGUUGAAAGGUCAAACAGUGUUGUGGCAGCUAAAAUGGAAGAAUUAAAGGCAGAAUUAGAUCUUAGAAUGCAUCUUCACGAACCAAGACCCCUGAGGGCGGAAUUGGACGUACAUAAUGUUCGUGCGGCAGAACUUAUUAUGCAUUCCGAAAGAAUAGACAGACAUGUCCGAGGUGUUAUUCAAACGCUGUCCGAUGCACGAGGAAUGUAUAAAAAUCUAAACAGCGAGCAUAACGACCUAGUCAACGACUUUAGGCGAACUAUUGAAUCGUUAGAAGAUAUUUUCGUAAAGGCUACGAAAAGCUCGAAAUUGCUAGCUUUAUCGUCGAAAUUGCAGGAGGAACAGGAGCGGUUCAUGGAGAUUAUUCGUAAAUCCUUACGCAAAUUUCGUCAACAAUUGGACGAUACGCUGCAAGUUGUACGGGAGAGUAAUGCGAAUUUCAUAAAAUCCUUCCAAUUAUUCUCUGACGGUGGUAAUUUUUGCGUGGACGAGGUGGAAGAUUAUAGGAAACAGUUAGAGAAACUCUCUCAUAAAAUCGAUAGUACUGAAGGAUUCGUAAUGUCCGAUUUAGAAGGUAUCGAAGCGAAAAGAUUAGAACAACUACAGAGAAUAUCAAUAGAAUUUGAAGAUCGUUUUAAGCAUCACAUGAUCGAUUUAUUGUUUAUUGAAAAAAUUUCCAGAUGGUUAACAAAUAGCCAAGUUAAGAUUAAAUCCGAAGUAGCAUUAUCGAAUACAGAAGCGGGAAAAUUAACAGAUUAUUUGGAUACCCUCGAGAGGAGAAUCGAUGCUUGCGAAAGACCAAAUUUAGAUAAAGAAGACGUAACACCAACCGAUUUACAAGAGAGUUUGAUACCGAUAUUUGACGCUUUCAAACUUCGAACAGUCUAUUUGAAUUGCAUGAAGAUUGAGCCGGUAGUACUAAUUAGUUUGCCCGCGGCUGUAGCCGUUUCUAAAAUGAAGAAGGCGCCUUCUGAAGCGUCGGUUACGAUUAGUGUAUCGGCACCGGUUCGAGCGAAGCAGGCACCCGAAGAUCCUACAGUUGUAACUAUUAAAAAUAUACUCAAUUCCCAAAAGAAGAGAUUCGGUAGUUCAGCCGAAUUGGACGGAGAAUGGGCUUCGGCAUCUGGAGCGCCUCAAGCGGCAAGUAGAGAACAGACAGCAAGAGAAAAAUCAGCUAAAAGCAAUCGAUCUGAAAAACGGGCUGCGUCAGCCGCUGGUCAAACAACUGGCAGUCAAGAGACGCUGAUUUCUACUCAAACAGCCGGUGUUGUCCAUUCUAGACGCCCACGCCGGAAGGACGGUGGCGUAAAAUGGGAUAAGAAAUAUCUUCAUUUUGGAGAAUGCGAUGAACCUAGCGAAGAAAAACAUUUUCUGGGUAAAGUAAGGAAAAUAUUACGAGAUUCAACGGACGGCCUCUUAACUGCUGCUGAUAUCUACUACCGUCAAAAGGGUAAUAGGGCCGUGACCCGUCCCCGUGCCCUUCAAGAUACAUUCGAGCAAUGCGCUGAUGUUGUGUGUGAGAAACUGGUGUCUUACUUUAAACAAGCCGACGAAUAUCAUAAUCAUUGUGUACAAGAAGUUCGGCGUCAAUUGGAACGCCUUGAGAAAUUAGUGGAAAAAGUUCCGGCUUGCGUUAUCCGAGAAGUCGUUAGGCAGUCGAUAAAUGAGGCGAGAAGCGCUCAGAUGACUGUUAGUAACGAGUUUACGAAACAGCAUCGUUUAAGCGAACAGUUAAGGAAACAGCAUGAUAUCGAACUAAGGCCCACUUUGGGACAUCCACAAGCAGAGGAAAGGCUGGUAGAACUUAGGAGAAAAGAAGAGGAAAGAAGAAAAGAGUACUUGAAGAAUUUAAGUAGCCAUUCUUCAGCACUUCAAUUGGAUGCAGCAAAAAUGGCGACAAAAUUUCUACAAGAUCUAGCGGAUAAGAGCGAAAAGUUGCUACUGCUUUUCGAUACGAUGCUCUGUGUGGACGACCUAGAAAGGGGACGCGUUGCAGCUACUUGUUAUCCUACUAGCGAAUUAUUAAGAAGGAAAGCGAGCGGCGAACCACUAGAGGAUGUUGAAGAUAAGAACGCGUUACCUAGGGGUAAAAGAACUUGGCCAGGAAUAUCUAAAACUGAGCUGACAUUGCCGUCGUCCGAUUCCAAGGUCAAGCGCCUUUCAAAAACAGAGAGGGCGCCGUCGGAAACAACAACCAGUAUAACUACCCAAAAGACAACACUUCCUCAUACAUCAACCAUUCAGGCUAGAGACGACUCCUUUGAAACUUAUAAAAAGUACUUUACCGAAACGCUGAAGAACAUCGAAGACGACAGAAAGAAAAAUGAACUAUUAGAAGAGAGAUGGACUAAUAACUGGUUGACAAAUGUCGACAAAGUUAAGCAAUUGUACUAG